AUGCAUAUUGGUGAAGAGUCUAAAAAGAAGAUGUUAAGUACUCUGGAAUGUGAUAUACAAUUCCUACAGGAAAACAAUUUGAUCGACUAUAGCCUUCUUAUUGGUGUGCAUAAUCCUGAGAUUGCACUGGCUAGUUCAAUUGAGGAUGCUGGUGAUGACGGUGAAGGGACUGGUGGUGUGGGCGUUGGUGGUAGUGGUGGUGGUGUGUUGGAGCCUAACAGUCGAGGCUUCGAUGACAGGAUGGUGUCUGCAGGUGACGGUCUGGGAACGCUUAGUUCACAAUGGCAAUGUGGUCGUUUGUCUAUGGCUAGGUCGAGUAUUGUGCUUGGUCUGAGCUCGUCAGCAGCUGCCGAAGCUGCUAGUUGUGGUGUUGGUGGUGUCGGGGUUGGUGUUGGUGUUGGUGUUGUUACUGGGAAUGCGAGCACAGGUGAUGAUGACGAUGAAGAGGAGGACGGGAUCAGUAUACCAGAGAACAAUACACAAGUCCCUACAAGUGAAUUGACCCCACCCGAUAGUCCACCUGGUGCAGAAUGUCUACCUCAAUUAUUCUCAGGUGAAUUGCAUCCUACUUUAGAACAUUAUGGAAUCAAAAGUUCAAUUGAUUCUCCUCAUCCACUGAUCUAUUUUGUGGCUAUUAUCGACAUACUAACUCGUUAUGGAAUGCGUAAACGUACAGCGCAAACGUACAAAACAGUGAAACAUGGUGCUGAUGGUGGUUCUGUGAAACCGGAAUUCUACGGUCGUCGUCUAUUGGAAUUUGUUGAACAGUGCAUUGACUGAGCGGAAUGAGAAGUCUUAGUUGACCUCUGUCCGAAUGUACGCAUCGUUCCCUCUCUCUCUCUCUCGUUCGCUCGCUCUCAUUCUAUCUAUCAAUUUGUCUAUCUAUCUAACUGUGUAUGUAUGUUGUUUGCUGUAUUGAGUUCCUAUGUGUUUGUAUAUAAUGCGUGCAUAUGCAACUAUUCAACUAUCUAUCUGUACACAUAGGCCGCUAAAGCAUGCAUACACACAUACAUACAUGCAUUUAUAUAUGGGCACAAACACGUAGGCACUCACACUCACAUAUAUUAUGGAUAAACAAACGGGCAUGGACGUGUUGCCCGUUAUGGUUCCACUGUCGAGGAAUUGUGAUCAGAAACCUUCUUUCUUUUGUUUUGCUGCAUUUUUAUUUUAUCGAGUAUUUAUUUCUCUUUUGUUGACUACAUUUUGGACACUUUCAAGUGUUCAGCGUGCAUGUGACUGACUUUUCAUUGAUUAGAUUGUUUAUUUGAAGAAUACUGACUGUGAUGUUGGCAUAGUUGCUGAAGGUGGAAUGAUGUUGGAUGUGAGAUGAUAUAGUUAAAUGAGAGUGGUGACUAAUUGUAAGCAAUGUGAUUGUGUUUAUUACUUGAUAAUUUAGUCUCAUGAAAAUGAAUAGUGAAUAAUACAUUGAUGUUGUUAUAUGUUGAGAUUAUCGGAUUUUAGAUUGACAGUUAUCGGUUUAAGAAUAUUAGAUGAUAUGACAAUAUUGUCUGAUUAUUGAUUCUUUUCUAUUUAAUAAUUUUUCGUAGUUUAGUGUUUGAAUGGUGCUUAUUUCCUGUGAAUUAUUCUUUGCAUUAAUAAUUGUAUAAAAUGUGUAAUGAAUAAGAUUGUUCUACAGCGUUCUAUACUAAUUGAAACAGAAAUUAUGACAGUGUGACAUUUGAAACAUUAACUACUAUGUACUAAGCAAUAAAUAUAGAAU